GUUCUUUUUUUGGUUUAGACAACUAGGCCCCCAGAUGAACACAAGGGUUAAAAGUGUCAUUAGCUAUAUAAAUGAAAUUAUCCACGUUCUUUUAUCUUCCCCAGCUGGCCUUCAAUCAGCAACGCCAUUAUAAAGCCAAAUUCUCAUCCCCUUUCUAAACCCUCUUUCCACUUUCACGUUUCCUCUCAAAAAUCUCUCCACCGGUCUUUUUCGCCGUUACCCUCUCAACUCCCUCACUUCCUUUUCCUUCACGCCUCUUUCUGUUCCUUCUACUUUUAUUUCUUCUUUAUUUAUCCGGCCGCCGUUUCUACCUAUAUAUGUUCAUUUGAUGUUGUUCAAUAUGGAAUUGGAAAUCCCUCAGAUCAGCAUGAUUACCGAUUUUGAAGCUGGGGUCAACUGCAUCCAGAACCCAUCUUUGAUUUCUCGUUUUUUUUCUCUGUCCAGCGUCACCAUUGUUUGCAGUUUCUGGCAAUGGGGUGCCAUCAUUCUGGCAAUCUUAGCCACAUUCAGCAGUAUUCUGAAGAGAAUUAAAGUCAUCCACAUUCGUAGACUUAAAUCUUCCUCGGAAUCGCUGCUCCAUCAUCUCGACAUUGAUUUGGACUUGACUGACGAUGAUUCCGAUGAUUCGUCGGGGGUCUCAUCGGACAAUGAUGACGAUGAGCCCACCAGCACGGCGUCGUUUAGCGAUGAAUGUGACGAUUUUGUUGUAAAGGGUUCCAGUUUCAUCUACAAUAGCCUAGUUCAGAAUGGUAAUUUAAGACUCCGGUGUAACCGCCGGGGCGAAUUCGGUGAAGGUUUCGGCUGGCCGGACUUUUCCUCCGGGAAAAAUGUUGUAAAGUUGUGGGAUAGUUUAGGUUUAAGCAUAGGUUUCGAUUCAUUCGACGAUUCUUCGGAUUCCGAAAGUGUUGUCUCGUUGUGGGAUUUGGAUCAGGAGAAGAAAAUCAAUGACAUUUUUGGCUGCUCGACCCAUUUGCCGGCGGUUUCUGCGGCGACGCCGUCGAGAUCGGUGGUGAUGUCAGCUGAGAUGAACCACGGGCGCAACGGUGUCGUUUUGGGAGGUUAUGAUACCAGGAUUGGCGGUAAGAAACCGGCGAUUUACGCCGAGUGGGGCAGCCCGGCUUCAGCGGCGGCGAGGAAGGUCGUCGGCGUAAAGCAAGGCGGCGUCGAGAAGGUUUACGUGAGGGAUGACGCCAGCGGGAUCGUAACGGUUGGUGACGUGCGGCGAGUUAAGACGCCGCUAGAAACAGUGUCCGAGACUGACGGCGAUAUGUGGUGUGACGCUGACGCCGUUAUCGCCGAUGAUGAGUUCGUUGACUGUUCAAAGUAAAGAAAACCAACGGAGAUGGACUGAGUUUGACGAUCCUCGGAAACGAACACGGUUGAAUUUUUGCUGGGUUCUGUCUGGGAGUCGUCGACCCGACUCCGAAUCAAAAUCGGGGCAUUGAAGAAGCCCAGAGGCUUCCGAGCUGUGAAUAAUCAACACACGGCAAAAUGGUCAACCGUGAAAGCUAGAUUCAUGGAAAUUACUAGAUUGCCAUGCAACGUUGGGACCCAGUCAUGCUGUAAUUAUGAAGUAUAAUCAAUCGUAAUCCCUAUAUUUAAAGUAUGUUUAAAUUUGGAUUUUAUGCAGCGGAAGUUCAGCGGAAAGGACACAGAAAAUAUGUGUACAUAAUUCUUGUUUAUCAUAAACUACUCCCUAUUUCUUGUUUUGCUUCUUUGUUUUUUUUUUAAUGCGUACUAGUACUUGAUAAGAUUAUCUUAAUCUCUUAUUGUUGUUAUAUUUUUUUUAAAAAAAUAAACAACAACAAAUCUUAUCUGUGGGCCAUUUUGCAUUUUCUUGUACUCAAGCAUAUCUGAUCUAAUUAACUGUAAAUUAAACGCAAAUAAGCCUCAUUUGCAAUAACUAAGUUUAUAUUUCAAUCUUUCUUUUGGAAAAUAUUAA